UCAUAUUCAGAGUGUGUGUGUGGGCAGAGAAAGAGUGAAUGAAAGCUGGAUACUGGAGAAGAGACAGGGAGAGGAGAGGAGAGCAUUUUGAGGUGAGACUCUUAUGUCUCUGUUCUUACUCAACUGAACAUCUGACCACACUUCAAGGCUUAAUUCAUCACAUCAGGACAUUAUACCAAUGGAUACUCUUCUAGCAGCACCGGUUGCAUUAUGCUCCCAGUUUACUAAUGAACACAUGGAAACUGUACGACAGAAGGAGGUGUACAGUGAUCAUGGCAGGCACUGAGAGAAUGACAACCAAGCCGUACUACAUCUACUCCACCAUCAACAGGCUUAAGAGGGACUGUCUAGGUGAAAUUAGCGGUUUCCAUAUUGCUUCAGUGGAAAACAAGGGAACUGGCCAAAGAAGACAGGGAGCACCUAAACUCCCCUUAUCCCCACUGGAUAACUUGAGCAACCAGAGAGAAGAAUCACUCAUAAUGGCUCACAGGGGGCCGACUUUUGACCCUAACAGCAGUAAGAACACUCUCUUGGUGGGCAACAAGCUCCCCAGAUCGAAUGGAGGCAACAUCAAGGACAAGAUUUCUCUUUGGGAGGGGAAGGAACCAUUGGGUUCUUUGGGCCACGGUGCUAGCGUAAAAAGGACAGAAUCCCUGACAAAAAGCAACAAUAAAACUACUGAUGAGCAGAGUGCAGAGAGUUGCAGGAGAGCAGCCCAUAAGGAAAAAGAAAAUCUUGGGAAACAGAAUGGGGAUUCAAGGCCCUGUUCACCUGUUGAAACUGGAAAGCAGCAAAGAGUGAUGCUGAAGAGCAGCAAGCCCAAUGAGAACCAACAAGACGAUAGUAGAGUUGUUCACAGGGAAAAGCAAAUCCACGAGAAAGAGAAUGUGGAGAACCCUGGGGAUUCAAGGCCUUGUUCACCUACGGUGGCAGCGCAGGAACAAGUGGGGACAUUGAGGAAAAACAAUGACAGGUGGACAGCCAAACAAACCAGCCAGGAGAAGAGAGCUGUAUUUACUCUUUUCAAAAAGCUGGAGGCUUUGGGGGAUAACCACGGGAAAACUCAAACAGAGCUGGGAAAUUAUUUCAGCCCACCUAGCAAAGACAAACAGAUAGAGGUGAAGAAGAAAGAACCUGAAGUUAUGGCUCACAGUAGUGCAGAGAAAUCCCCUCAGGGCAUAGAAGGAAAGCAGCAGGAGAAUGUGUAUACAGAGCCAGGGGCGCCUCCCAUCAACCCAGUCCCCAAGCCCCAACGUACCUUCCAGCAUCCAGCUUCUGCCUCCAUUGGGAAGAGUCAGAGGCAGAUGAGAAGACAGGGGAACCUUCCCCCGCUUCCCCACAACUCAACAAAAACUUCCUCAAAACCUCCCUCUGGUGUCCACGGGAGACAGAGGAGUGAGAGAGUCAGAGAACACAUCAACAGGAACUCCUUUGAGUUUGAAGACCUCACAGGGUCAGCUAGCCUGCCCUCCUCUCGCUCGCUGUCUCAGGAACAUCACUAUGAGGACAUCCUCGACUCAUCCCAAGAGAACCCAUAUGAGGACAUAGAGCUGGAGAGUCAGUGCUCCCAGCAGUCUUUGCCCUCCUCUCCUGGCGCUGAUAGCACCAAGACUUCGAGGCCUGGCUUCUUUAGGCAGAAUUCAGCCAGGAGCUUCAAGUUGCUGGACCUGAGGAAAACCAACCAGUUGACCCACAGCACCAGCAGUGGGGGUGUUUCAUCGCCUCCCCAGCUCAGCCCUCCCUCCACUCCUAGUGGGCCUGAACACACUUCCUGGCUCUCAGGGGACCCCUACAGCCGCACCUGCCGCAGGAUACCAACGGUUGUGUUAAGGAUCAAUAGCAUCUUUGAGUCCCGGAUUGGAAAGAAGCAUCUUCGGCGGGCCUAUCAUUACGCUGAAACAAGCUCAGGAAGAGUGACAGAUGAGAACAGUGACUCUGAGAGUGAAGUUGAAGAAAGGGCAAAAGCUCAUCGUCAGCGUCUUGUAUCAGUCAAGUCCAUACUGAGCAAGCCAAGCCAGGCUCAAGUCCACUACAGCGGUGCCAACAGUGCUCUGGAACAGGAGCUCCACCAGCGUCAGCUCUUUGAAUAUUUUCUGGUUGUGUCACUGCAAAAGUCGAAGACUGGUGCUCACUAUCUGCCUGAGGUCACACAGCAGUUUCCCCUAAAGCUGGAGCGGAGCUUCAAGUUCAUGAGGGAGACGGAGGAUCAGCUGAGGAUCAUUCCUCAGUUCUGUUUCCCUGACGCAAAAGACUGGGAGCCAGUGGAGAAUUACCCGAGUGAGAUGUUCUCCUUUGUUUUGACUGGAGAGGAUGGGAGCAGGAGGUUUGGAUACUGUCGACGUUUAUUGCCCAGUGGAAAAGGCAAACGUCUGCCAGAGGUCUACUGUAUUGUUAGUCACCUUGGCUGUUUCAACCUGUUUUCCAAGGUGCUGGAUGAGGUGGAGAGACGGAGGGCGUUGUCUCCAGCGCUUGUGCAGCCUUUUAUGAGAGCCAUCAUGGAGGCUCAGUUUCCAGCCCCAGGCAAAACCAUAACCAUUAAAACGUUCCUCCCUGGCUCAGGCACUGAGGUGAUGGAGCUUUGCCGGCCCUCUGACUCCCGCCUGGAGCAUGUGGACUUUGAGUGUCUGUUCUCCUGUCUGAGUCUGCGGCUUCUUCUCCGGGUGUUCGGGUCUCUUCUGCUGGAGCGACGGGUCAUCUUCACCGCAGACAAACUGAGUACCCUCUCUCAAUGCUGCCAUGCCAUUGUGGCGCUGCUUUACCCCUUUGUAUGGCAGCACACCUACAUCCCUGUGCUGCCCUCGGCUAUGCUCGACAUCGUCUGCACUCCAACCCCGUUCAUCGUUGGCCUGCUGUCCAGCUCCCUGCCCCAGCUCACUGAGCUGCCCCUGGAGGAGGUUCUGGUGGUGGAUCUUGGAAAGAGUCGAUUUCUCAGACAGUUGGAUGAUGAGGACUCCAUCCUGCCCUCUAAGCUCCAGUCAGCCCUGGAGAAUGUUCUGGAGAGGAGAAGAGAGCUUGCUAAUGAGAGAGGAGGAGACACACCAACGGACUCUCUUCAGACAGGCCAUCUCAGCACUGUUGUGUCCGAGGCCUUUGUUCGUUUCUUCGUGGAGUUGGUAGGCCACUACCAACUCUUCAUCUUCGGAGAACGAGAAGAUGGCUACUCUUCCUCUUCCUCCUCCCCGGUCCCCUGCUCCUUCCAGCGUGAGGGUUUUCGUAAAGCGAUCCCGUCUAAGACUGUGCGCCGCUUCCUGGAGGUCUUCAUGGAGACCCAGAUGUUUGGCUUGUUCAUCCAGGAGAGAGAGCACCGCAGGCAGGCUCUAAGAGGACUGUUUGAAGUGAGGGUGCAGGAGUAUCUGGACUCCAUUCAUGAGAAUGAACACCGGAGGGUUAACAGGUUUCUCAAAGGCUUGGGAAACAAAAUGAAAUUUCUUUCCAAGAAAUAAAGGAACUAUGAUUGCACAAAACUAAAGAGAAGAACGGAAAGAAAGACUUCACAAACUGCUGAAAUUCGACAUGAUCACUUGUGCCAUCCUCAUCUGUGUCAGUGUUUAAGACUGAGGGUUUGGCCAAAGGACUGAUGAUGGCUGUGGUGGACAGAAAAUCCUUCGCUGUAUUUCACAUUAGUAAAGAAACAUGGGACUGCAAAAUCAGAGGUAUUUAAGAGGUUCCUGGUUAGAUCGUUUGAAAUUAUAUUCUUCAGGAAACGACAUUCAUGAGCACACAAAGAACACAAAAUAAAAUCUGUCUCUCUAAGCUACAUAUGAUUGACAAUUUAAAGGCAAAACCUGAAUACAUUGUGAAUUACAUACUAUAUGUUUAUAUAUGCAUGAUAUGCUUCAGAGUUUGGUGGUCACCAUUUGUAUGCAGGGUCAUUUGAUGUGAAAAGUCAUUCUCUUUUACCACUAGAGGGCAGUAGUAUAUUUUCUCUGAUUAUAUGAUCUUCACUCUGAUAGUGACUGACCAGAAAUGACACAGAGCUGCUUUCCCGCUCUUUAAUACUUCAGUUUUCUUUCAGUCCUAACACUGACAGCAUCACAAGUGCUUGACUUUUUUAACAAGUAAAUAAACGUUCUCUUUUGAAGUGAGUCAGUGGGUCAGUUUCUUGCUUGUUUUCCCCCAUUAAAACCAUGCUAAUGUCUCGUAAAUCAUCACACAUUUAAAGUUCAUUUAUGUAAACUCUCUUUCCCCACCAUCCUCCACAUUGCAGGUUAUGAAUGAUGAGAUUACUUUAUGGUAAAGACAUAAUGUCUCCAGUGACACUGGGCACCUUUUACAAUACGAGCCUUGUUACACAUUGGAAAAUCCUGAGAAGAAAAUCAAAGCCAAGUGAAUUGUGUUCACUCAGCAUUUGUGUGCAAGUUUUACUCAGUGAGUAAUCCGCAUACCACCCAUUUGCUAACCAUCCACUGCUGUGUUUGUGUGUUCGACGUUAUUUGGCCUUUUUACUACAAAGAGCCUCGGUUCAGAGUUGGUGGCAGCUUUACUAUUUUAGUCUCUGAGUCAUGGAAACAAAGCAGAUCUUUAGCCCACAAAGAGGAAAGCACAUCUUUGUCAGCAUGAAAACAUAACACAGGUGCAGAGCAGAGCACAGUAGUGUAUUGUUGAGGACUACUGCACUCACUUUGUGCAUGCUGAGCAAGCCCGAGGGCCCCAUGGCAUCACACAGCACCUAACCUGUCACUUUGUUAGUGGCAAGUUCACUCGCACCUGCUGACACGGAUGUUGAUGCAUAUACACAGAUGCACAGCCAUGAGUACAUAGUACAAAACACACACACACACACUACUGUAUGUACUUUAAAAAAGUGAUUCCAAACCAGGCGUGUACCUCUGGGGACUCCUUGCGUGUUACCAGUGGGUACAUUUGUACUUUUGUUGAAGAUGGGAAAACCAACUUAGAACUAUUGAUUUCCGACUUGCAACGGAUUGCAAGGUUAUGGUUGUGUCUUUGUUUUUCUCCCUGUAGAGCGUCAUGUGAUAGGAGCAUGACAAACCAGUGAAGCAAUGUGAGGUGGGUGUCUGUGUUAUAGUUUCUAAAAAAAAUUUCUGCUCAUCCAGGCAUAAACUCUGAACUCUACUGAGUUUUCCAAAAAGUCUGUGUUUGUGUCCUAUAGAGCCAUUAACGUGUACAUGAA